AUGUUGAACGUCAAGAGUCUGUUUUUGAUCGCGUUGAGCGGCUUUGCAGCUCUCGCUGAAGCCGGAAGGGGUGGAAAGGAUGGAAAGGACGGAAGGAAGCCAAAGAAUUUCAUCAUGGUCAUUCCUGAUGGUUUCGGUCCUGCAUCAGAAACUAUGGCUCGUGACUGGAUGCACUGGAACAACAAUGCUACCGUCGACCUUCCCAUCGAUAGAAUGAUGAUCGGCCAGGUUCGCACUCGCUCUAGUGACUCUUAUGUUCCUGAUUCCGCGUCCACUGCGACUGCGUACUCCUGCGGUAUCAAGGUCUAUAACGGAGCAAUUGGUAUCGACGAUGACGUCGAGCCUUGCGGAACUGUUUUGGAGGCUGCAAAGGCCCAGGGAUACAAGACUGGACUUGUCGCUACUAGUAGAAUCACCCACGCCACUCCUGCCUCCUACGUUGCGCACGUCUAUGACCGUGACCUUGAGUCCAAUAUCGCUCUUCAAGAGAUUGGUGUGGGCCACCCUCUCGGUAGCGUUGUUGAUGUUAUCAUGGGUGGUGGAAGAUGUUUCUUCACUCCCCAGAACACCACCGGUUCUUGCCGUGACGAUGAUAUCGAUGCACUUGAGCUUGCCAGGCAGCGUGGCUACACUGUCUUUGGAGACAGGGCCACAUUCGAGGAGGACGUUAAGCUCCCAUAUCUCGGUCUCUUCACUCAAGAUCACAUGUCCUACGAUAUUGACCGCGAUCCCGCUGUUGAACCCUCUCUCACCGAGAUGGCUCUGAAGGGUAUCAACGAUCUUUACAAAGCUACCAAGAAAUCCAAGAAGGGUUUCUUCAUCAUGGUGGAGGCAUCCAGGAUUGACCAUGCUGGUCAUGCGAACGACGCAACUGGUCAUCUCCACGACAUUCUUGAAUACAACCGUGCCAUGGACGCUAUGCGUGAGUGGAUCGAUGAGCACGAUGACUCUGAGACCGUCCUCAUCUCCACUGCCGACCACGAGUGUGGUGGUCUUACUCUUGGAUACGAGCUCGACGGUGCCCCAGACUACUGGUUUGCGCCAGAGCACUUUGCCUCCUCUCACGGUUCAUCCGGCAAGUAUGCCACUCUGUGGAAGAACUACAAGUCAAAUGAUACCUCUGAUGCAACUCAGUACCUCAAGAAGUCGAUCUACGCCCCCUAUGGUAUCAUGGACCCCUCUGAGGAAGAGAUCACCCAAGGUCUUGCCCUUCAGUCUUCCACUUCCAACUUUGGCCGCUUCCUUGCAUUGGCGUUUUCCAAGCGUUUGAAGGUCCACUGGGCUACCGGAGGACACACCGGUGUUGAUGUUACUCUUUACGGCCACGGAUUGAACCACGAGAAGCUUGCAGGACAGAGGGACAACACUGAGAUUGCCCACUUUGCCGCCGAGCAGUUGGGACUAGAUCUGGAGCCUAUCACCGAGAAAUUGAGGGCUGACAGGGAAUUUGUGGAGAAGCUCGUGAAGAAGCAGCCUGGUGAUGCGGCGAGGCUGAAGGGAAGGGACUUGACACACCACCACCACUAG